AGUUGUUCAAAAGAGAUUAAAGAAUCAAGUUCAAAAACAAGUUUUCAAUUUUAUUCCUUAAAUAUUUUAAUUAAAAUGGUAUUUCAACUGAAAAAUGCAAUUAAUUUUCCUUUCGCGAAUUGGGAAAUGGCAAAAAAUGAUAUAUUUACUGAUUUCGAGAUUCAUUGUAAACGAGGAAUCUUCAAAGUUCACAAAAUAAUUCUGUACAACAAUUGCAGCAAAUUAAGGGAAGUUUUGGCAACAAAUGACGCUCUUAAGAUGGAUUUUCCAUAUAGAAUUAUUGAAAAGAUUCUACAAUUAAUCUACUCGUUACCGGUUGACGUGGAGGAUCAAGAAGUUGACACUUUUCUAAGCAUCAGCAAAAAGUUGGAAUUGAAUGUAGAAAAUCUGCAAGCGGAUGUUUCAUCGUUUGAUCCGCGACUUUCAUCAACAGUGAACGAGAAUUUCGAAGACUCAUUUCACGAUACUGGCUUUGAAACUGAAGCAACUCGAAUAUUGCCAAUUUGUAUUAAGAUUAACAAGAAAAAAUCCUCAACUAUUCGGGACAAGAAAAUAAUUCGUAGAAAGUAUCCGAAAAGAAGACGAACGUCACUUGUUCAAUAUGGAAAGUUUUGCUGUAGUUACUGUCCAAAUUCUUUGUGCUUCCAAGGCGAAACUUCUAGAAAUCAUCAUGAAGAUGUUUGCACAUUCAACGAAAGCUCACGAAACUUCUUUAGAUGUGACAAGUGUGGAAAAGAAUUCUUCUUCAAACAUAAACUUGAGAAUCAUGUGAACCUUCAUUUACAACCAAAUUGAAGACAAUUGAUCUGAUGUGCUAAUUGUUUAUUUUAUAAUUUAUUAACUUUUAUAUUUUGAUUGUCUUUAACUGUGACUAAUUUGAUUCAUUUGUCGCUGUUGUCUUGUCUUUGUUUUUUCCCCUCAUUAAAGAAUAAAUAAA